CGCGGUCAGAUGGGCCAGAACCCCGGCCUCGGGUCGCCUGGCCACAGUUGCCGCCGGCGUCCGCGAGGAAGCAGCGCGGCCAUGCGGGAGAUUGUGCACAUCCAGGCGGGCCAGUGCGGGAACCAGAUCGGCACUAAGUUCUGGGAGGAGAUCGGCGGGGAGCACGGCAUCGACCCGGCCGGAGCCUAUGUGGGCGACGCGGCGCUGCAGCUGGAGCGGAUCGGAGUCUACUACAGCGAAUCCUCGACCCGCAGGUACGUGCCCAGGGCCGCGCUGGUGGACCUGGAGCCCGGCGCCGUGGACAGCGUGCGGUCGGGGCCCCUGGGCCCGCUCUUCCGGCCCGACAGCUUCGUCUUCGGACAGACAGGCGCUGGCAACAACUGGGCAAAAGGCCACUACACGGAGGGCGCAGAGCUGGUGGACACAGUGCUGGAUGUGGUGCGGCGGGAGUGUGAACGUUGCGACUGCCUGCAGGGCUUCCAGCUGGCGCACUCGCUGGGUGGCGGCACUGGCUCGGGGCUGGGCACACUGCUGCUGGGCAAGAUCCGCGAGGAGUUUCCUGACCGCAUGGCGCACACCUUCAGUGUCAUGCCCUCUCCCAAGGUGUCGGACACCGUGGUGGAGCCCUACAAUGCGGCGCUCUCCGUGCACCAACUGGUGGAGCACACAGACCAGACCUACUGCAUUGACAAUGAGGCCCUAUAUGACAUCUGCUUCCGCACCCUCAAGCUGGCCACGCCCACCUACGGAGACCUCAACCACCUGGUAUCAGCUACCAUGAGUGGGGUGACCACUUCGCUGCGCUUCCCGGGCCAGCUCAAUGCCGACCUGCGCAAGCUGGCCGUGAACAUGGUGCCCUUCCCACGCCUGCACUUCUUCAUGCCUGGCUUUGCCCCCUUGACUGCACGGGGCGGCCAGCAGUACCGCGCCCUGACCGUGCCUGAGCUUGCCCAGCAGAUGUUCGACACCAAGAACAUGAUGGCUGCCUGUGACCCGCGCCACGGCCGCUUCCUCACUGUGGCUGCUGUCUUCCGUGGCCGUGUGUCCAUGCAGGAGGUGGAUGAGCAGAUGCUGGCCGCCCAGAGCAAGCACAGCAGUCGCUUUGUGGAGUGGAUCCCCAACAAUGUCAAGGUGGCCGUGUGUGACAUCCCCCCACGUGGGCUCACCAUGUCUGCCACCUUCAUCGGCAACAGCACAGCCAUCCAGGAGCUGUUCAAGCGCAUUUCGGAGCAGUUUUCAGCCAUGCUGCAGCGCAAGGCCUUCCUGCACUGGUUCACAGGCGAGGGCAUGGACGAGACGGAGUUCACUGAGGCAGAGAGCAAUGUGAACGACCUGGUGUCUGAGUACCAGCAGUAUCAGGACGCCACAGUGGAUGAUGGGGAUGAGACCUUUGAGGAGAGCGAGGAGAUCCAGGAGUAAAAGCCAAGCUGCACCUGCCACCCUUAGGUUCCUGAUGGCCAGGUGGUCACAGCGGGGAAGGCUGACCACAGGACACAGGGCGCUGGCUGGGGCUGGAGGGAGAGCAAUGGUCUGCAAGGGCAGGAGGCAGGUGCUCAGCAGCCAAGGCGGGGAGUGGAGGUCUGCCCGUGCUCAGCACUGACUUGCAUGAAUCUGCCCAUGGGCCUUUGCAGCAAUCCUUCAAUAAAGCACCAUG